UAGAGAGAGAGAUGAAGAGAAAGGAAAAAGAUGAGAAGAGAGUAAUACAGAGAAGCGAAGAGAAUCAAAGCAAAGCGAAGGGGGGAAGAGAGAGCGCGCGCGAGAUAAGAUAUAUCAUUUUUCCCAUUAUCAUUUAAUCAUUAGAUCCCAUAGUAUAGGCCCCACAGAACAAGGGGCAACUGAAUUCCACAAUAGAAAAUAAACAGAAGGAAGUGUAGGGCAACAGGGAGGAAUUGAGAGAUGAAGAGAAAGAGAGAGGAGAGGAGAGAACGAAGAGAAGGGAAGAGAAGCGAAGAAAAAAGGAAAAAAGCGAAUCAAAGAAAGACGCAAGAGAGAAGAGAGAGAGCGCGCGAGAGAUAAGAUCUAUACAAUUUUUCACCGCUUUCUCAUGUGAUCAUUAGAGUUCGAGCAGUACCCCCGGCAGCCCAGCGGAAGAUAUUGCGCUUCGAGAGGCAGCAUGACGUGGACCCUCGUGUCUCUGCUGACGCUGCUGACAGCUCUCGCCAGCGCAGCCUCCUCCCUCGCCUCAGAUCGUGAUGUCAUAGACCCGGCCAAGGCGUGGCUGUCGCAUAGGGCGGCUCACUGGGCCAACAUGUACCUGCCGGGGACGGCGCCCGAGAACUCCACGUGCCAGAGGGCCCUGCAGGCGAUGGCGGCGUCGCUGGCGGACAACACCACGCUCUGGGCCGCCAAGUUCGUGGACUCGUGGGCGAAGGUUCCUGACGGCCUCUACAUGGGCAACUGGGCGCUGGAGGGCGUCUACGACGAGUGCGUCGGCGCCUCCUCCCCCGACGGCGGCGUCCGGGGAAAGUUCUGCCGCGUCUUCGUCUUCGAGAACGGCAGCCGCGAGGGCGCGCGGACCGACGGAGGCUGCGGCGCCGACGCCCUCGACGCCCGCUCGGGCCUGCAGGCGCGGCUGCCCCCCCUGUUCCCCACCAGGUUCGACCUCGCGCCCUUCAAGACCUACAGCACCUGCAUGCCCGACGCCUGCACCGAGCACGAACUGCAGGAGAGUGUGUCGGCUGCGCUGGCGGACUCGAGCCUGGGGGUGCGGCGCGUGCAGUGCCACACGCUGCACGAGGCCCCGGAGUUCACCGCCGGAGACAUCGCCUUCAUCGCCCUCCUCAGCGCCCUCCUCUUCCUGAUGGUGGCUGCGUCCGCCCUCGACGUCUACCUUGAGAGGACGCACGACGAAGCCAUCGCCAAAGGCGCCGCCCGCUUCCUGCUCCCCUUCUCCGCCUACACCAACCUCAGCAAACUGUUCCAGCUGAACACCACCAGGUCUUCGGAAAACAUCACCUGCCUGCACGGGAUCAGGGUGCUGUCCAUGAUUUGGGUCGUUUACGGGCACCAGCACGAGGCGGGAGCGAGAUUCACUGCCAAUUUACUUAUGAUGUUUCCUAAAACCUCAGGCUUCCUGUACCAGAUCGUCGGCAACGCCUACUUCAGCGUCGACUCCUUCUUCUUCCUCAGCGGCUUCCUCGUCUCCUACGUCCUCCUGAGGGAAAUGUCGAGGACCGGCAGGUUCAAUGUCGCCAUGUUCUAUCUCCAUCGGUUGAUCAGAUUGCUCCCCCCGAUCGCCCUCGCCACGGGCCUCUUCGCCACCGUCGCCCGCUUCUUCCUGACGGGGCCCUUGGCGGACAGCUGGACCUACUGGCAGAAGGGCUGCGCCGUAAACUGGUGGAAGGACCUCGUCUUCGUCAACAACUUUCUCUUGGAGGAGGAUGACCCUGAAGCGGGAGCCGACUGCUUAAUUCAAGCAUGGUACCUGGCCGUGGACACGCAGCUGUACCUGGUGGCGCCCUUGGUCAUCCUGCCGUUGCACUACUUCAAGGCGGCAGGUCUGUUGUGGCUCUACGUCGUGACCUUAUCCUCCGUCGUCAUCCCAGCGGCCGUGACCUAUGCUUAUGACCUCCAGCCGUCCUUUCUCAUCGGGCAUCCAGACGAUUUCGACUUCAACAAGAAAGUCUACCUGGCCCCUUGGUGCCGCGCGGGUCCCUGGCUCGUGGGCGUCUGGCUGGGCUACGUGUUCCACAAACAAGGCCAGAGGGAGGUUGUGCUCAGGAAGUGGCAGGUCGUGGCCGGCUGGACGACGUCGACGGUCGUGGCGCUCCUGCUGGUGCUGGGGUUGUGGAGCUACAACGUGCUGCCCCUGAAGGCGCAGUACGACAUCGUGACGCAGGUGACGUACGCUGGGCUCAGCCGACCCGCCUGGGGCGCCGUGCUGGCUUGGGUCGUCUACGCCUGUCACUUCGGCUAUGGAGGUCCUGUCGACGGCUUCCUGUCCCAUCCCUCGUGGCAGCCCAUCAGCAGGGUCACCUACUCCACGUACCUGGUGGCGAUGCAGAUCCAGUAUAUUACGACCUAUACGUCUAAGGCGCCCUUCUACUUCACGCCCCUCAAUGUGCUGAUGCAGACGGCGGCGGCGCUGGUGGCCUCGGGCAUGGUGGGUGUGGUGCUGUCCCUGACGGCGGAGGCGCCCGUCAUCGGCCUCGAGAAGCUCCUUCUGCGGCGUCCAGGACGCGGCGGCGGCGGCGGCGGGCGCGGCCCCGAGGCCCCCGGGCGCGACAACAAGGCCUUUGAGGGGGACAUGGAGGAGCUCCCCCGGGUGGGAACUUCCGAGGGCGGCCCAGGCGCCCACGACGGCGCCGUCGCAGGACAGGAGACCGUCACCAAGUUCUGAGUCACUUGAGGCCUCCGAUCAGGUCAUGAAGGCACCUAGAUACACAGCGAACCAGCUAUGAUCAAUCAAAAUAUCAUCGACAACAAGAUAUACUUACUGACUGGAAUGUCCUGUGACCAGUAGUCUACCUCCCCGUCGACAGCACGUAGUCGCCUUCCCCAAAAAGCUGAAGCAUCGGUUUCUGGGAUGAGAAGCGAGGCGUCGACACAAGUGACACCGAGGAGAAGCUAUAUGAAGAACAGAAAGAGGAAGAACAAAGAAAAAAUCUUCCAUCCAACCGCCAGUGGGACGACGCAACACAUCACCAGGUGCCUGGAGUCCCUGCCCCCUCUAUUACCCCUCACCACCACAAGGGCCCGCGGUCGUUGUCAACAUCACAGAACGACCGGAAGCGCGACAAACUAACGAGCAAGACAAGGAGGGUUUAUUCACCUCCAGAAAAGGGAGAUGAACGCAGAGGAGCGCCACACAUCCACACCAUUACAAUGUGCAGAACGUCCCCAGGUAGUUGUCACCCUGACACAGAGGAAGAAGAUACAGAAAAUUUCUUGCCCAAGAGCUUGAAAACAUAUCAAAAGCAAAAGCAUAUUAGGCAAAAAUUACUUAACCCAGAACUCUCCACAAAUUCAUUUUUUUUCCUAGAAAUGCUAUAGUAUCCUUGAACAAAAACAAGUACAAAAACGACCAGCUUGUUUGACGCCACACAGUCAGCAAGACCGAAGGUCACUUUAUGGUAAACAAUCAAAAUAGAACAUAUCAAUGCGCAAAUCUCCUUGGUCACUUUGAAGAAUUUGAAAUGGUGAUCACGAAGAGAAAUCUCAUCUUUUGCAUUAUGGAUAAAUGGCUUCAUGAAGACAUAUCAAGUAAUUUCAACAUUCAAAAUUUCAGAGUUUAUAGAUGUGAUGCAGGGCGAGGUGGAGGAGUAUGCAUAUACGUAGAGGACACCCUUAAUUCAAAUGACAUCACCACUACAGCUGUAAAUAGUACAGCUGUAGAGGACAUUUGGGUAACUGUACAAAGUAGUAUGUAUCCUUCCUUCAUUAUUGGUACAAUCUAUAGACACCCUCUUGCUACAGCUGAAUCAUUUGACUACCUCGGAGACGUUUUUAGAGAAAUGUCAAAGUAAACUUUUUUUUUCAUCUUGGGUGACUUAAGCGAUGACCUGAACAAACCAAUACAAAAUUAGCUGGGAUCUUUACAAAAAUAUAUAAGCUUAUAAAUAAACCUACCAGGAUCACUGAA